CUUAUGUCACAACAUCCCUCAUUAUUCGCGGAUAGAUUAUGUAUUUGCGUUGUUUAUUUCACUGUCUUUUGACAACUUGCAGUGAUGUCGGUGUCUCUUCUUGUUCUACGUCUUGAAGUGGCCGACGACAGUAUAACUCCCAAAUCAUUUGCUUAUCAAGCACCAAAAUUCAUCAUGACAUCAGAGAAGAAGCAUGAAGCAGGCUCCCGUAAUCAAAGAUUUGGACCAGACGAUGUUCCCUCAGAAACACAAAACCUGGACAAGUACAUAGGACAAAGGAAGAUGCAAGAUGUCACAAUUGAGACAAUAGUCAAUGAAGGGCCAGACACAGAUGAAAAAACUGUUCAGCUUGUCAAAUGUGGGACAGGUGGGAAAUCUGACUCAUCCUACGCAUCUGUUGUGUCCAGCAUAUCUACUGAGGACAGUCAACAGGUUCGAGACUUCAACACCAACAGUGCAGCUUCUAACACUGCAGAAGAAGUUUCUACAAGGCCACAAUCAACUUUCACAAGACCCAAGCGCUCGAGGUCUGCUGAUCGUGUCACAGCCAGGAAGUCUCAGUCACAGACAAGGGGUGGUUCCGUGGAAGUUGGCUACUCUCCCAUGUUUCCUGAUGAUUCCCAUGCAUCUAUGCACCCUGGUUCGGGGAUUAAACGUCCCCAGAGUCACAGCCCUUUGCCAAAAGGCCCGGGCACAAUAUACUUCUUUUCCGGCAAUCCCAUGGUUGAGGUCACCAAAGGUCUGCUUCAUAUCUACAAGGACAAUCAACUGACUCCGCUGAACGAGGACAUCCCGCGUAGUGAGAUGGUGUGCAUCCUGACAGUCCCUGCAGCUUUCACUAUCCAUGAUGUCCUGCAGUUCACAGCUGCUGUACACUCUGGUGUGGAGUUCAUGCGGAUCAUCCGAGACUCCAGUCCCAACCAGUACAUGCUCCUCAUCAAAUUUAGAAAUCAGACACUUGCAGAUGAGUUUUACAGUAACUACAAUGGCAUUCCCUUCAACUCAAUAGAGGACUAUGUGUGUCAUCUAGUCUAUGUGGCCAAAGUCGAGUCAGUCAAAGCAGGGGAGGGAGCUUGUCUACCAGUACCAGGGCUUACUGAGCUGCCUAACUGUCCAGUAUGCCUGGAAAGGAUGGAUGAAGCUAUUGAUGGCAUCCUGACAAUCUUGUGUAACCACUCCUUCCACAUAUCCUCCUGUCUGUCACAGUGGGGAGACACCAGUUGCCCUGUGUGUCGUUAUUGUCAGACACCAGAAGAAGUGGCUGACAACAGGUGCAUAGAAUGUGGAUCACAAGAGAGCCUGUGGAUCUGUCUGAUCUGUGGUCAUGUAGGAUGUGGCAGAUAUGUGGCCAGGCAUGCUUUCAGGCAUUUCCAGGAGACACAGCACACGUAUGCCAUGCAGCUAGGUAGUAACCGCGUGUGGGACUACACCGGGGAUAAUUAUGUGCACAGACUGGUACAGAACAAGACUGACGGUAAACUAGUCCAGGUGGACGAAGGUGGCAACUUUGUACAGGAAGAGAAACUCACCUCCCUCACACUAGAGUACACAUAUCUGCUAACCAAUCAACUGGAAUCUCAGAGGUUGUAUUUUGAGGAGAAGAUGAAGAACAUAGAGCAGGUGGCUCAGGAACAGGUUCUUGACACUGAGGCUAGGUAUAAAGAGACGAAGAAACACUCAGAGUUUUUAGAGAACAAAGUCGACCAAGUGACCAAGGAGAAACAGAUAGCAGAGAAGAAAGGGGCACAGCUGCACAGUCGCUUGACGUCCGUGCUGACAGAGCUUCGUGAUGAAAAGGAGAUGAACAAGGGGUUAUUGGAGAACCAGCAGGCCUGGCAGAAGAGGGUGAACAGUCUGGAGACCAAAGUGCAGGAGCUGACAGCCUCAAAAGAAGAGGAAAUUGAGGAGCUCAGAGAACAGCUUCGGGAUGUAAUGUUUUACCUGGAAGCUCAGCAAAAACUUUCCUCAACAAAAGAGGUGUCACAGACAGAGAUCCAAGAGGGGCAGAUCAUUGUCGGGGCAGCUGCAGAGGAGUCCCCCUCCCCCAGGGGCAAACGGGGAAGGAAGAAGGGCAGGUAG